AAAAGAAUGUUAGUUCGUUGUUCUACUCAACGUGGUAUUUUUGAUGGUUAUUUUCCAUGGCGUAAAUAGACACGAAAUUACUGUUGUAUAGGUGGCCCUCUCUUGGAAGUUUCAAAAUCAAAAGUUCUUCAAAAAAUGGAGUUGGAGGCGAGCUCAGCGGAGUAUGCCCGCGUCGUCUCUUCGGCGGUAGCAGCACGAUUGUCUUCUUCACCGUCCACUAGUUCAAGUACAUUCGUCGAGGCCUAUAAAAAACGCGAAGCGUUGUGGAUAUCGAGAGUAGAGAAAUGUCCUACUUGGGAAGCGGCAUGGUUCCAGGGUCGCGAGGACAUCUUGCCGUUCUUAAACGCCAGUAAGUGGUCGCAAUACGUAAAUAAUAGAAUUACGGCCCUUCAAAUGAAUGCAGAUGAACAGUAGAGUGUAGCUGAUUUAGAAUCUUCUCAUAGCCAACAUGUCGAAAUACAUCAAUUUCAGUUUGUAUCUUUUUUAGACGUAGGUACUACCCAUCAGCUGCAUACAACCGAAUCAGACUGAGUUAGCUACCCAAUCAGAAAGCGAGCUACGACAGGCCUAGGCACAGCUGCUUCUCUAAUGAACGCUGUUUCUCGGACAUUUUCCAUACUCUGCCUGCCGAGGGCGGAUUCAUCGCAGCAAUUUUCUUUGGCCUACGACGUGCAUUUGCUCGUGUACACAUUCGAAUAGCCUUGCUUCCGCCCAAAGGAUCGGUUCCUGCUACGCAUGAAGCAGGCGAUGAGGCAGGCGUAGAGAUAAUGGACGCGCACCCUCUACUCUUAUGCUCCUCGGGCAGUGACCCUAGUACAGGUAAGGUCAACAUUUAGAUUUAGUGUCCAUCUUUCUCGGCAUCUCGGUACCCUUUUGUUCCCCUGUAUUUUUCUUGUAUUUUUCCUUGUUGUAUUCUCAUGAAUAUUACAACAGGUAAUGAUAUAGGGGUCAAGAUUAGGGGGCCGAGAUGCAAUCUAACGGACUCUAAUACAGGUAAGAGUAGUAAGGGGUGCGGAGCUCGAGCUGGUGCUGAUGCAUGUGGCGAUACGGGAGAAGGGAAGAAAGAAGAUGUUCACCGAUCGUCUGGUAGCGCGUCGAAGCAAGUUUCCGUCACAUCGAACGGCAUGGUAUCAGUCACCGACGCUGACGUUUUUUUGUUUCCGCUUUGCUCAAGGAUGAGUGUUGACGUAGUUGAGGCGCCUUCUUCUGCAUCCCCGUCUAGUAAAACCACAGCUUCUGGUGCAACAACCUCCAGUAAAAAAACCAAAACUAUCGAGUUGUCUGCCUUUGACCUCUGCUUCGUUCCGCGACCGAAGGAGACGUUGUUACGAGUGUCAAACGCAGACGGGAAUCAGGGUUGCUCUUUUCUGUAUUUCGAGAUACCUCGAAAAGUGGACGUCACGCGCGCCGUGCCAGCUGUGUGCUACGACUUUCUGCUCGAGGCGAGGAAGAACAGUGCUUUACCUCCCGAUUUGGAUAAGCUCGCAAGAACUUGCUAUUUCGACACACAGAAACUCACAUCAUCUUUUUCUACAACGGAUAAAGCCUCUCCCACUGCUGUAGUUGGAAAAGAUCAAGAACAACAUCCUUUUCUCAAGGCUUGGCACGCAAGAGUUCCAGACUUAUGGAAUGCAGCGUUGCAGGGCAUAACGGCAGACAAGAUCGCAACGCGGAUUGAAUCAGCAGGUGCGGCUGCCUCAGCUUCUAAACUUCGGUGGGCAGCCAGUCUAGUCCAGGUCAACCUCGCAACCGCACAAGCGCGCGUUUACCCGCAGAUACUAGAUAUGGCAGAGUAGUUUAUAGCACGCAUGGCGCAUGGCGUAGCAUGGAGUGUGGCUGUGUUUCUCUUUCUGUAGUCUAAUUACAUUGAAUAGAUGUGAAAGUGUACUUGUAGACACUACUUGCUUCUUGUUGUGAAUACAUAGUGGCCACCUUUCUCUUGUUGGUUACCAUUCAGAUUCAGCGACUCCUCCACGAGUCCACGUCUAAUUCAUUCCAGAUCCUCUCAGAUCAAGCAGCUGAGCAAAAGGUUUCGCUCAAAGUAGCCCAUAAAGGAAAGCUGCAAACUGUUACGUCGAUGCAGAGUAAGGGAAGUGUUCUGGCGCUCUUUGCACGUCCCACUAGGUUGCGACCAGGCAUGCCUGCAGACGCACAACCUUUCGACACUAUGACCUUGCGAUUUCCCAGUCAAGACGCGAUCGAGCCAUUCGUGGGGCAUGGGUAUUGUAUUACGAAUUGUGUAAUACACCUUACAGAAGAUGAUGAAAUGGAUGUGUAGUCUGUCUAAUCAUGGUUGUUGAACAAAAUGAAUUGCGUUUUGAAUUUGUUUCCGAACUGCAGGUAUGUUUCGAUCGCUGGCUUCGUGAUGAGCGGGGAUUUUUACCAGAGGCUGGGGAUUUUGCUCGUGCUUUUCCACAAGGGAAUAUUGCAGUUGUUCACUAGUCCAGUUUGAUGCAGAACUCCUAGACUAGUACGACAUGAUUAGCAGGAAGAACUUUUCACAGCUAGCACUACAAGGGCAUCAGGAGCUCGUGACAUGUCUGUGAAAUGAGCAGACAUUUCACAGCUAGCACUACAAGGCGAGCUGAAUGCUUUCCAGCACGACAACACUAAUAUCACGAUAGGUCAUUUCUCGGUCUCGGCAUUGAUUGAUUGUAGUAGACUCUCAACAGACUAUUCGUCAUGCUUGUAGUCAUUUCCUCGCAGGUUUUGACUCUCUGGUAGAACAGCACAGUUUUUAAAUGAAUCGCUUCGUCGACACGUAGAAAUUUGUUAU